CCUCUCUUCUUUUCCUAGCUCUUUCAUCGAAAUCGACGCCUCCAGACAGCAGGAAUGGGACUGAGGCUGUGCCCAACCCUCCUCCUACGGCCUACCUGAAGAUCGUAAAGAAUCCGCGGAUGCUUCGCUGCACCCGCGGUCAUGGCCGACUUCCUCCUCCGUCCUCCUACGAUACUCCCGAUACAAGGCAGCAAUUCCUCCACGCAAUUCCCAAAGCGGCCGAAGCACGUCUCGACAGCCUCGCAGCCCGCUGACCAGACCCUCGUGCACACCGUCGCCCAAAAGGUCAAGGAAGCGGCGAGUCUCUGGCGAUCCUGGAAAGAUGGCGUAAGCGUCGAAGACCGCGAGAAGGCGAGGCUUCUCGAAGAAAGGAAGAACCUUCUCUACCUACGCAUGAAGAGUGCCGAGACAUUGAAACAAUGGCAAGCAGCGGCGCAGGAACUCGACGCCCUCGAAGGCAACGACGACUGGAAACUGGACGAUGAAAGCGGCGACUACAACCCCAAGCUCAUUGAGGAGCGGCUUCAGGCCCUCAACGAGGCCAGAGAGAGUCGCGACAUCCGCACCAUGAUGCACCUCAUCCGAACCUCCCUGUCGCGCGAUCUCGGCGGCAUGGGCAACGUCGAUCUCUACCGGCACUCGUACCUCGGCACAAAGUCAUUGAUCGAGCGCUAUGUCGAAGCGACAAUCGAAACCAUCGAUGCCGCCAUUGUCCACAGCGCCUCGGACAAGGGCAUUGCCUACAGAGACUUGCUCGAGGGCAUGCUGCUUGCACGUCAGAGCUUCGGACGAAGCGCUCUGCUUCUGUCCGGCGGUGGCACAUUUGGCAUGGCACAUGUAGGCGUCCUCAAAGCCUUGUUCGAGGCCCAGCUGUUACCUCGAAUCAUAUCAGGCGCUAGCGCUGGGAGCAUUGUCUGCGCUGUUAUGUGCACGCGCACGGAUGAGGAGAUCCCGCAGCUACUCAAAGAGUUUCCCUACGGAGACUUGGCCGUCUUUGAAGCGCAAGACAGCCAAGACGGCCUGCUCGAUCACUUUCGCCGCCUGCUAACAGAAGGCUCCUGGUCCGAUAUUGCCCAUCUGAGGAGGGUCAUGAGGUCCAUGAUGGGCGACAUCACCUUUCAGGAGGCCUACAACCGUACUCGUCGUAUCCUCAACAUUUGCGUCUCCUCCGCGUCCGUCUAUGAGCUGCCACGGCUGCUCAACUACGUCACCUCGCCCAACGUCAUGAUAUGGUCUGCUGUGGCAGCAUCUUGCUCGGUCCCUCUCAUCUUUGGCUCGUCCCCUCUGUUGGUCAAAGAUCCGGUUACCGGAGAGCACCGUCAGUGGAACCCGUCGCCUCAGAGAUUCAUCGACGGCUCGGUGGACAACGACCUGCCCAUGACGCGCCUUGCGGAAAUGUUCAACGUCAACCAUUUUAUCGUCUCCCAGGUGAACCCCCACGUCACUCCCUUUCUGUCCAAAGACGAUCACUUGUCGCCUGAAAACCAACGCGCGCGCAAGAGUGCCAACAACGGUGACGACAUGGACUGGCUGUACACCUGCACAUCGCUGGCCAGAGAUGAGGCGCUCCACAGACUGCAGUUUAUGGCAGAAAUGGGCUUCUUUCCUAACAUGAUGACCAAGUUUCGAAGCAUCCUCAGCCAAAAGUACUCGGGCAACAUCAACAUCUUACCAGAUCUGUCGCUUGACAACCUCCCUGUGCUUCUCCGCAACCCCACCGUGGACUUUAUGCUCAAGUGCUGCUUGGUUGGAGAGAGAGCAACGUGGCCGAAGCUGUCUAGGAUACGCGACAGCUGUGCGAUAGAGUUGGCGCUGGAUCGCGCAGUGCAUCGACUCCGGACAAGAGUCGUCUUCUCUGAAAGCCAGAGCAAUCUCAGGAGUAUCACUUCGCAUAAGAGCAGUCUACGACUCAAUCCUCACGGCCAGACGGCUGCUCAGCAGCACCUCGGUGUGUUGGGUGCCAGUCAGGGUCAGAAGCGCCAGCGGCGACGUUCGGGCGGCAGCCUUCUCAUGUUGCCUGGCACGGGCCUAGCCCUGGACAGGGAGUUAACAGAUGAGGAUUCCGCAGAGGAAGAGCGCCUAGAAAUCGCCUCGAGACGACCUGGAUUCGCAUCCUCGACUUCUCUUCGCAAGCCGCAGCUGAAGAGGUCAAGCAUGAGUCAAACGCAUGUGCCCCAGCUGUCUAGUCAGGCUCAGCAAAUGCCCGCCUUCAACUUCUCCAAGCCUUUGACGCCCCCGUCGAGUGUCUCCGGCGAGGCGGACGCGACUGACGCAACCAGGACAAGCAACUCAGAGGCAACACUGCCAGCUGCAUCAGUCAGUGACAAGGCUGCUCGCGUUCUACCGACGCUGGGCCAUGUCAUAUCGCCCGUCGACGAAGUAGAGACGAGCGAACCGAAUCACACAAGCGAAACAGAGGUGGACCAAGGAACCGACGAGAGCGACCCUGAUGACAGCCGGUCUAUUCUUGCCGAGGACACUGCGAAACCAGCAGAUCAUGGCGCACUUCGGCCUGCCAUUCAUGUCACUGGUGGCUCUUGGUGA